CACCGGCGCUGACGGGGCUCGCUUCCCUCUAUAUAUGCCAGAUUGUUGAACAAACGGUCAUCAGUCAACUCGCGAGACUUCUCUCAAGUAUACCAACCGCCGACACCCUCACUACAACACCAUGAAGUCAUUCGUUUGCGUGGUCCUCUUAGCUGCCAUGUCUCUCGCCGCUCCUGAAGGUAAGCGUGACAAGCGCGGCUUCCUGCACGGAUUCAGCGGCGGUCUGGAGCUAGGACACAGCUCCUACCACCUGGGACACUACGACGACCACGCUCACAUCAGCUACCACGCGCCCGCCCGGAUCAUCUCCACACACAAAGUCGUGGAGGUCCCGAAGGUCGUUGAAUAUAAAAAGAUCGUGUCCGUGCCGAGGGUGGUCUCGGUGCCUCAUGUCGUCAAGGUGUCCAAGAUCGUGGAGGACGCCCACUUCGCUCCAGUUCUGUCUCACGGCUGGUGGUGAACAUCUUAUAACACAUUAGUGUAGUGCUGCUGUUCCAGAGACACUCUCCAUUACUACUUCUAAUACAUCGUUUAUAAAUCAUACAACAUUACAUACAUCAAGAAGAAAGACAAUAAAUAAACAGGAAUAUAAAAUACAAGAUGAGUGUCAGAGGGAAUAGCAAACCUGAGAAGACGCCGCGAGCAGAGGCUUACUACAACCAAAACUAUUUAUAAGAUAAUAAAAACUUAUUUUACA